CCAAAUCCCACACUCACACACACACAUAUAGAUACAGAUAUAUAUAUAUAUAUAGAUCGAUACAGAUCGCAAUGAGGAAGUGGACUGUUCCUUCCGUUUUAUUUCUGUUAUGUCUUCUGUUUCUUCUCCCAGAUCAAGGAAGGAAGUUACACGCGAAUGCCCAGUCUGAUUCGGAGGAAUUAGUGGAUCCACCCAAGAUUGAAGAUAAACUUGGAGCUGUUCCACAUGGUUUAUCAACCGAUUCCGAUGUUGCCAAGAGAGAAGCUGAGUCUAUGUCCAGGAAAAGCCUUCGCAGCAAUGCGGAGAAGUUUGAGUUCCAGGCUGAAGUUUCUCGGCUUAUGGACAUUAUUAUCAACUCUCUUUACAGCAACAAGGAUAUUUUCUUGAGGGAAUUAAUCUCCAAUGCUUCUGAUGCUUUGGACAAAAUUAGAUUCCUUUCGCUUACCGAUAAGGAAGUUUUGGGUGAAGGUGAUGAUACCAAGCUUGAGAUCCAGAUUAAGUUGGACAAAGAAAAAAAAAUUCUUUCCAUUCGGGAUAGAGGUGUGGGUAUGACAAAAGAAGAUCUUAUCAAGAACUUGGGAACCAUUGCCAAGUCUGGAACUUCAGCUUUUGUGGAGAAAAUGCAGACUGGUGGCGAUCUCAACCUUAUUGGUCAGUUUGGUGUUGGUUUUUACUCUGUAUAUCUUGUUGCUGACUAUGUGGAAGUUAUCAGCAAACACAAUGAUGACCAACAGUAUGUUUGGGAGUCCAAGGCCGAUGGUGCAUUCGCAAUUUCUGAAGAUACAUACAAUGAACCACUAGGUCGUGGAACUGAAAUUAGAUUGCAUCUUAGAGAAGAAGCUGGGGAAUACUUGGAAGAGUCAAAGCUGAAGGAUUUGGUGAAAAAGUACUCCGAAUUUAUCAACUUCCCUAUUUACCUUUGGACAACUAAAGAAACUGAUGUUGAGGUGCCUGCUGAUGAAGAUGACUCCAGUGAUGAUGAAGAAAAACCCGAAUCAACUGAUGAGGGUGAAGAGAAGGAAGAUGAAGAUUCUGACAAGGAUGAAGAUGAAAAGAAACCAAAGACCAAAACUAUCAAGGAAACAACAUCGGAAUGGGAACGCUUGAAUGAUGUUAAAGCUAUAUGGCUGAGAAGCCCAAGGGAGGUGACUGAAGAAGAAUACACAAAGUUCUACCACUCACUUGCUAAGGAUUUUGGUGAUGAAAAGCCAAUGGCAUGGAGUCAUUUCAAUGCUGAGGGUGAUGUUGAGUUCAAGGCUGUUAUGUUUAUUCCUCCAAAGGCUCCUACUGAUCUUUACGAGAGCUAUUACAAUGCCAAUAAAUCUAACUUGAAGCUUUAUGUUAGAAGAGUAUUCAUCUCUGAUGAAUUUGAUGAGCUGUUGCCCAAGUAUUUAAGUUUCUUGUUGGGUCUUGUUGAUUCCGACACAUUACCGCUUAAUGUAUCUCGAGAAAUGCUUCAACAACACAGCAGCUUGAAAACAAUCAAAAAGAAGCUUAUCAGAAAGGCCCUUGACAUGAUCCGCAAACUUGCUGAAGAGGACCCUGAUGAGGUUCAUGGCAAAGACAAGAAAGAGGUGGAAGAAACUAAGGAAGAGGAGAAUGAGAAGAGAGGCCAAUACACCAAGUUCUGGAAUGAAUUUGGAAAAUCGAUUAAACUUGGUAUUAUUGAGGAUGCAGGAAACAGAAACCGUUUGGCGAAACUUCUUAGAUUCGAGACCACAAAAUCAGAUGGAAAAUUAACUUCACUUGAUCAGUACAUCUCAAGAAUGAAAUCCGGACAGAAGGAUAUCUUCUACAUCACUGGCAGCAGUAAGGAGCAGCUUGAGAAAUCCCCAUUCCUUGAGCAACUUAAAAAGAAAAACUUCGAGGUAAUCUUUUUCACAGAUCCUGUGGACGAGUACUUGAUGCAAUACUUGAUGGAUUUUGAGGACAAGAAGUUCCAGAAUGUUUCUAAGGAGGGUUUGAAACUAGGCAAGGAUUCCAAAGACAAAGAAGUCAAAGAAUCAUUCAAAGAAUUGACCAAGUGGUGGAAGGAAACUCUUGCCAGUGAGAAUGUUGAUGACGUGAAGAUUAGUAACCGUUUGGCUGACACCCCUUGUGUAGUUGUGACCUCCAAGUAUGGAUGGAGUGCUAACAUGGAACGUAUCAUGCAGUCUCAAACCUUGUCUGAUGCCAACAAGCAAGCAUACAUGCGUGGCAAAAGAGUUCUUGAAAUCAAUGCAAGGCAUCCGAUUAUCAAGGAGCUUCGCGAGAGAGUUGUAAAGGACCCAGAGGAUGCAAGUGUUAAGACAACCGCUCAACUAAUGUAUCAAACGGCUUUGAUGGAGAGUGGAUUUAACUUACCUGACCCUAAGGACUUUGCAUCACGUAUAUAUGAUUCUGUGAAGAAGAGUCUAAGUAUUAGUCCAGAUGCUUCAGUUGACGAGGAGGAAGAAGUGGAAGAAGCCCCCGAGGUUGAGAGCAGCGACAGCACCUCAAAGGAGGAAACCGAAUCCACACCUACAGAAGAAGAAGAGACAGAUAUUAAAGAUGAGCUAUGAUAGGUUUUGCUAGUAAUUUCUGUUCUACAUUUAACUCGCAUUUAGGAUUUAAAAAAACUUUUCAUACAGUGGAUUUGCCCUCCGGCAUGGAAGAUGUACUCUACAUAAGUUGUUAGCAGGAAUUUUGUCUGUUUUGGUUUAGUUACUUUUCUGCGCUGUGUAAUUUGAUUAAUGCAGGAUAAUUUAAAGUAAUUUUCUCUC